UACAUAUUCUUAGUGUGACUUAAACAUUUAUUAAUGGAAAUAAUUGAAGUCCAGUUCAAACCCUACCAAAAAGGUUUUCAGCCAAGUAUACUCUCAUCUCAACAGAGUGCUUUCCAUUGGAGUGCUGAGUGGAGACUUGCGCCACACAUCCUGUUACCACUGCCAGAAGUGGAGUGUAACUGAGAUGUUUAGAGUGUAUUUGCUUUGCUUGCAUUCCUCCUUGUACUCCUUGUUAAAAUAAUAAGGGGAGUGGGUUACCUCAGGUCAAACUCAGCCUGGAGAGAAGGAACAUGCAUUGUUGUCAUCGGGUCCUUCUGAGGAACUGUUUUGAAGGCACAGUCGAUGCUUGACGCUACAAAGGCUAAACGGCCCCAAGAACAGGAUGUUAAUGCUUGAUGGAAUGCCUGCAGUCCGAGUCAAAGCUGAGCCCCUGGAAUCGGAACAAGGGUCUCCCAAAGUACACCGCUACCCCAUGAUGGACACUGUCCCCCUCCUCCUGAGCAAAGUCAAACCAGAACCUCCAGAGGACCUGCUCUCCCACGACCCUCACUUCCAGACCGAGCCUGUCGACCUGUCAAUCAACAAGCCCCGCCCCUCACCCCCCUCCAUCAUCUCCACCACUUCUCCUGUCACGUCCGCUUUCUCUCCGUCCUCAAUAUCGUCUACAUCCUCAUCAUCCUCCUCUCCGUCUGUCAUCACCUCCGCUUCGUCUGUGCUCACGCCCGGGCCCCUAGUGGCCCCUGGAGCUGGUGUCCGGGGUCAUCAUCAGCAGCAGUUUUUGCACAUCCUUCACCCUGCACCGCCCUCCAGCCCCGUCAACCUAGGAGGGUUACAAGCUGGAGGUGUAGGAGUGGGCGGGAAGAUGGGUGGUCACCACGUGCAUCGUAUCCCUGUGGUGGUGCAGUCACUGCCCCUCAUGUACACCACGGCGGUACGCUCACCCGCCAGCCUCCACAACAACGCCAUUAUGCUACCUCUGCUGGACGACCACAAGAGCCACCAUCAUGUCAAAGCACACACAGACCACAAUGGCUUGUCACCACGACACAUCAAGAGUGACAGUGAUGAUGACGACCUGCCCAACGUCACCCUGGACAGCGUAAAUGAGACAGGCUCUACCGCUCUGUCUAUAGCACGAGCUGUGCAGGAAAAUCGAGACUCAUCAGACCAGGCAACAUUCUUCCAGUCUUCAACUGUCCAAUUUUGUUCAAUGUCACCAUUCAGUAUUGAGAGCCUACGGCGCCCCCGGAGGUCCGAGUCACCAGACUCCAAGAAGAGACGUAUCCACAGAUGUGACUUUGAGGGCUGCAAUAAAGUCUACACCAAGAGCUCCCAUCUAAAAGCACACCGGAGGACUCAUACAGGUGAGAAGCCAUACAAAUGCACCUGGGAGGGCUGCACAUGGAAGUUUGCCCGCUCUGAUGAGUUGACGCGGCACUAUCGGAAACAUACAGGUGUCAAGCCCUUCAAGUGUGCAGACUGUGACCGCAGUUUCUCACGCUCAGACCAUCUUGCCCUGCACCGACGGAGACAUAUGUUGGUGUGAGACAGUAGCUGGAUGAUGAUGUCGUCAGUUGGAGUAGAAACAAACACAUCUCCGCCGGGGGGAGCAGGGUCUCUCCCUCAAUGUGGUUCAGCUGGACUGGACACACCGUUGUCUGUCAGUGAGGCGGAGAAUAGAGAGGAGCAAAAUGCACAAAAAGGCAUCUCUGUCCACAGAGCAAAAAAAUAUAUAUAAGAAAACAGGGUCGAUUCCGGAUCCUCGUUGACUGAAGAGGGUCGGAACCGGAUAAGGCUCUUUUGUUGUAAUUUUGAAGUUUGGAGUUUCUACAGAAACCUGUAUUUUUUCCUAGCACUGUUCUUAACUGGUUUCACUUUGGAGUUUUUUCUUUUUCAUGUUCUUCUUCGUUCAGUUGGAAGGAAACAGCAAUCAAACAGUUUUUUUUUUCUUAGUGUCUUGGUUUUUGUAAUGUUGUUCAAAAUGGCUGCUUUUCUCGCAUCUAUAAUGUGAAAGAACUCUGUGGAUUGGAUGGCUGGAUGUAUUGAUUUAAGGGCUGUGUGAUUGUGUGUUUUUAAGUAUAAGGCAGACCUUCACCUUGGAUUGGACAAUGGAAUUAUCAAAUAUUUUGAUUCCAUCAGUAUUGUUGCACAGUUCCCCUCUCUGUCAAUUACUCCCAGCCAUGCUGUGAUUUAGGACAACCGGCAUCAGAGGGCGCCAUCCACUCAUCAAAGCUGAUUUGAGUGUCCAAGAAAGAGUUAUUGUACCAUUGUUCUAGAUUCAGAAGCUUGUGGAGCAUCCCAAUGGGCCAGUGAAAUGGCUAUAAGGUUGGCGGUGUUAGGCCCAACCCAAGGUCAGCAAACGGGCGAAUGAGAUAUACCAGUAUAUUCACAACCGGAGAGCAUCAACAACCUCACUUCUCAAACUGAUCCUUGCAUAUUACCAUACAUACAGUUUUAGUAUACCUGCGUUUUGUUUUUAGAAUUUGUUUUGUUUUUAAUACAAUGACUCCACCACAUGCUGUUCAUCACCUUGAGCCUCAUUCUGUAAAAAACUAACAAACAAACAAAAAAACUGUUGGUGGAUUUUGUGCUGUGAUUAGCAAUCAGUAAAGUGCAAUCUCAUUGGGUACAUGUAGUUUCAAUAUGGAGACUUAUUGUUUUUAGUUUAUCAUAUCUUUGUGUAUGUGUACGCCUGCUUUUGAUACAUUUCACAAAGAAAGUUCAACCCCACACCUUAAUGUACAAUGAACUUUAAAACAAUCAAAUGAACAUAUCUGUUAUGUGAAAACAACUUUGCACCUUACAGAUUCACAACUUGUAUAUCAAUUCUAUAACAUUCAAGGAUUUUGUUUUGUAUCCCGGCUCUUUACAGUGAAAAGGAUUGGCAUUGUGAUCAGUUCUGUGUUAGUAGUCUAGAGCUAAAGCAUAUGGAACAGGGAAAUGUUCUUGCAACCGUUUUCUGAUUACUGAUGUCAUACCUGAUCGUCCUUGAUCACAGAUUUCUACCAGUGCCAGUACCAGUUUUUUGAUUCUACAAUAUGCUAAUAAUAUCUAUAUUUCUACUGGAUUUGUAGUUAUAGCACGAAUUUAGGUUUUGUAGCUAGAGCACUGUUUUAGGCAAGCUCAUUUUAUGUAGAUACCCCAACCCUUAAACUGUUUGGAAAAGGUCACAUUAAUGAUUGGUGGUUGAAGAACAGUUUUUUUUUUUACAUAUGUAUCUUUUGAACUGACCUACAUAUAUGUAAAACCUCCACUUCCAUUUCUACAUACUGUAUUACGUGUACGCGUGGACAGACAGAUGGAUCUGUAGCUGAGUCUUGGCUAGUGGGUAAAGAUAGCAGUGUUACUUUUUCUGUCCACAAAAUAAUGAUGUGAAAUACUCAGAUCCAGCUUUUCUUACAUUUUGUCAUAAAUGUCCCACAAUGACAGAAUGAGAUACCAGUAUUCAUAUUAUUGUUUCUUCUGUGUCAUCUACCAUAUUCAUUGUAAAGGUUUAUGCAACACUCUAAAACCAAAUUAUCUGCUAUUAAACUGAUUAAAAAGGCAUCUACUGCUAAAUAUAGAUUUUUUUUUUUUACUGGGCAGUUCUGAAUGUUGAUUGGUGGAAAGUUGUUGUACAGUCAACUCAAGAAGUAUUGGCACGCUUUAAAAGAUGAGCAAAAGUGAAUGCAAAAAACACAAAGUUAUAUUUUUGUUUGGUUCAAACGUAAGGGGGAACCAUAUACUUGAAUUUUUAACACAAUAACAAACAAAAAACACUUGAGUGGUACAGUUGAGUGGUACAAUUUCUUCUUCUACAAAAGUAUUGGCAUCCCAAACUAAUAUUUUAAAGAAAAACAAACAAAUUGGCUUCUGUUAUGAAAUAUCAGAUUUUAGUUGGUCUCAGUCUCCAGGAUCUGCAUUGAGGCCUUUCAUCUGUUUUUGUUUCCCUGGGGUAUGAAAAUGAGGUUGCACGCAUAUAACAUCCCUUUGUCAUCCAUCACCAUGGAUAAAACCAAAGAGCUAUCAACUUAAAGAAGAUAGAUGGUAGUUGACAUACACAAGUCAGUUAAAAGGCAUAAAAAAAUACAUGAACAUUUGAAAAUACCUCUAAGUACACACAAAGCAAUACUCAAAAUGUUUCAGAUGUCUGGAAAAGUUGAAAAUUUGCCCCAAAAUUGGACAGUGAAGAUGGUGAGAGAGGCAAAGAACAAUCCUACGUUCACAGUUUCAGAACUACCCAGUCGAGUGGAAUUCUGGAGUUGUCAUGUCUCAAAUCAACUUCUAGACUGGCUUUUGAUGUCAACAAGCUCUAAAGGUUACACGAAAAAAGCCUUUAACUCAGCCCAACCCAAAAUAUCAGUGCCUCAACUCUGCCAAGUGUUAUUAGAACUACAAUUAGAAUUGUGUUUUGUGGUGAGAUUAUAUAUUUGCUGUUUGGGAAUGCACACCAUUGGCAUGUUUGGCGACAAAAGGUUACUGCAUACAAGGAAAAGCACCUGAUACUCACAAUGUGGUGGAUUAUUGAUGCUUUGGGGCUGUUUUGCUACUAAUGGUCCACAGGGUCUUGUUAAGUCUGAUGGCAUCAUACAUUUCAGUACCCAAAGCCUGGUUGCCUCAGUCAGGAGAUGCCAUUACUUUUGCUACAAAUAAUAAUUUAUGUUUGAGAAAUUAUGUAUUAAAAAGUACAUGGCUCUCCCUAAAGUUAUUGUUUGUGUGGUUGAUUAUUUUGCAUUCACUUUCAUGAAGGAAGCCUAUACUUCUUGAGCUGACUGUUUAUGUGAAGGUAUAAACAGGAAUUAAACACACUUUUUACUUCUGUAAUUAAAUUGGUAACCAGUUUUUAAUAGCAAUAAGGUUUGUAGUACAUGGCCAAUUAUCCACAGAUAGGAGCUAUAACGGGGGACUCAGCGUUGCAUUGUGCCUAAAAACAGUCGUUAGACUGAAUAUUGGCCAUAUACUACACCUUCUCAGGCAUUAUUGCUUAAAUAAAUAAUAUAAUAGUGAUUUACAGCUAUAUACAAUAUAUAAUAAUUCUAACAAAUAAUUACGGUUCAGCUUUCAUUUAGUCUUAGCUAUGACAUCAACCACUUAUGUUUAAGUUUCACAAAUAUUGACAUCAACUGCAAAUAAUUGAUUGAAGACAAUUUAUCCAGCAAGUUGGAAAGGGACAUACACCUAACACUACUUAAACCUUUCUAAGAUUAAAGCAAUAUUUUCAACAUUUCUUAUUACUGCAAGUUUAGCAAAUAUAGCUUUUUACAAUUAUGUGACAGAUCUGACAGAGUCUAUCAUUAUCAAAGCCAUUGUUAACAGAAUCCCAUAUGUGUGAUAAUUGUGUGUUCAAAGUAUUUGUGUAGCGCACUUCAAUUCACAUUAUAGUCAUACGUUGCAUAUGCUGAAUCCCUGCUUACAGUUUUAAAAGCUUCUUUCAGAAGGCCAGUAAGUUUGAGGAAAUAUUCACAAAAAAUAUUUUUGUUUCACUUUAAUUAGGCUACUGUUAAACAGUCCAAAACUGCUUCAUGUGAGCAAUCAUGUCAGUUUUCAGUAUAUAUCACUUUAAAAAGUGUGUAUAUAUACACAGUAUGCAGCCAGUUUUGAUGCUGUUUAUUAAAUGUUAUAUAUUUCAAAAAUGUCAGUGCUGACAUGAAACAUUUUGUAUUAGUGAACUAAUGAUAAAAUAUAUAUACACACUUCGGGGGUCGAUCUUUAAUGUUUUUUUGAAUCUAGUGCAUAUGGACACAUUUUCUUUGGACCUUAAUAAGACACAGAUACACCAGUGUAGUGGUCCUCUACUAGAAUACAAACCUGUUUAUCCGAACAAAAAUUUAUUUUGCAGAAAUAUUUGCCCAAUUUGUCUCUUUUUUUAGUAUUCUGAAGUAUUAUAAUAUAUGUAAUAUUAUGUCAUAUGUUGUGUGAACAUUUUUAAUUGUGUUGCCUUUUUUGGGCUCAAGAAUAUCAUUGUUUAUGAUGAAGUAUAAUUUUUUUAUUAAUUUUAAAUGUUAAGUACAUUUAUACAUAGUAGUAAUUACCAUCGUAUUUUAUUACUCAUAUACUGUACUUUUCCAAAAUGAAGGGCACUUCAACUUGCAUAUAAAGAUUUCUGUAAAAAAAAGAUAUUUUAAAAUGUUGUAAUAUAUGUGACAGUAGAAAUAAAAAAUAUAACUCUGUUCUACAGGUUGUACAUACAUACAGAAAUAGGGCUUUUGAUUAUUAGAUAUGAGGAAAUUAAUGUAUACAUGUAAAAUCUUUUUCAGAGACACUAAUUUAUCUGAUUUGAUAUACAAUAAGAUGGGGCUAUUGAUGCUGACCAGUUUUGUUAUCUAAAAUACUAAGAUAGACCCUAAAUGACAAAUGUGAUGUCAGAAAUUAGCAAUUUGUAUUUAAUUAUUUCUCAAAACCAAGCAUUUUCCACAAGUGUAUUGUACCUGUGGCUUUUAUAUAUUGAUCAAACCCAAAUAUGUCAUUCUCCGCCCAGUCAUGUUAAGUAGAAUUAUCUUCCAAAUACAAGUACCGAUUAGUAUCUACAAUAUAUACUGUAUCAAACUUUUAUGCUGUCAUUUUUGGACGUAGGAUUUUUAUUUACAUUAUCAUCAUUAAUCCAUGAUGAUGAUGAUGAUGAUGAUGAUCAUUAAUCCAAAUUCUACAUUUUAUUUUAUUAAACUUCACCUAAAGGGUAUAGCUAAUAUUUUGCAUGUGAACACAGAGGCUUUUUGUAUGAAUGCUUUACCACUCCCCUUUGGCAUUAUCAAAAUGUUUUACAAGCAUAAUUUUGUAUUGGUAAGCAGGGUCAAAGUUAUGCAAUAAUGAAUAGUGCCUCCAAUCACAGCAAAUAUCCUAAACGUUUCUACAUGAACACAAUUUACAUGUAUCAUAUAAUUCAAAUAGACCUUGCACUUCAUACUCAGAGAAGUAUUUGUACAAAUAAUUAAAAGCACAUCAACUCUGAUACCAUCAUGCAAACACCCACAUCCCAUGUUUAGGUUUCGUUUUAAUGCACUUAGUCUUGCCACAUUCUUUCAAAUACAAUAACCUAAAAUACCAGCUUUUUAAAUGAUGUAUGUACCUCCCAUGGAAGCUGCAUAUGAUUUUCAUAGAUGCAUUUACAGUAUUGCCAUCACUUAGAUUAAUUAAUUAUUGUAUAAUUUCACUAUAAUUUGGGUUUUUACCUCUCUGAUAUACUGGUCAUUUGUUUUUGUUUUUCAAAAUCAGUCACACCAUAAUGCAUUACGUGAAAGCACAGAAGUGAGAGCCAUUUUAAUCAACCGAUUUUACAGUGUUGAAUGUGUGAUAUACUGGGAAAGCUUUGUUGAAUGUGUAAAGGCCGGAAUACUAACCCUUGAGGAGCACCUUCUGAAAUAAUUCUGAUUACAUUUCUGUAUCCGUUCAAUAUUUCUUUAAUUUCAAUUUUGGUUUCAAUUAUCUCUGCUUUUGAACAAUUAUGUAGUGACGCCAAUGCCUUUGUUUCAAGUUUACUGCUAUUACGUACAGUAAUUGUUGUUCCUGUAUUUAUGUAUAGUGACUGUAUUGUAAAUAUAUUUAGAGCUUUUCAUUCUUACUGUAAAAUUG